UAAGUUUUUUUUUUCCUUUAUAAAAAGCUGAUCCGUUUCCCGCCAUUUCCCGCGCAACUAAGAGGAGCAAAGCCUUAAUCUUAAAAAAUCCCAAUUUGAACUCACAGACUAAGACGAUACCAGAGAGAAAUGGCAGGAACUGCAACAGGGUGUUACAAGUGUGGCAAACCAGGUCACUGGUCACGCGACUGCCCUUUCUCCGCUCCCGAUUCAAAUCCAAACCCUAACCCUAAUCCUAACUCCAACGCCGCCGAUCUUCCUCCUUCCUCUUCCUUCAACCCUUCCGGCCCUAGAUCCGCCAUCGAGAAGCCCAAAAAAAUCCCCCGUACCCGCCCCAAACUCACCCCCGAACUUCUUCUCUCCGACGACGGCCUCGGUUACGUUCUUCGCUAUUUCCCUCGCUCCUUCAAAUACCACGGUCGCGGCCACGAGGUUCGUGAUUUGGGGAACCUGAUUGAAUUGUACUCUGAAUGGCACUCUCGUCUGCUCCCUUAUUACCCCUUCAAUCAAUUUGUUCACAAAGUUGAGCAAGUUGCUGCUACAAGGCGUGUUAAGACGAGCCUUAGAGAAUUGAGAGAAAGAGUUGCAAAUGGUGGGGAUCCAUCAAAAUUGCACGAACCACCAGGUGUGCAAAACAUCCCAGUUGCUGAGCAAGAAAAUGGGGAAGUAACUCAUCAAGAUAAUGAGAUGUUUGAUGAACCUGAAAAUGUUAUUGACAUUCAAGAAGACAUGCUCAAUGAUAUAUAUGACCAAGCUACCGAAGAACCUUCUCAGCCCAUGCAAAAUGUGAUUGGUACGAGUACAGAUCCCAAAAGUAGUGCAAUUGAAAAGACAUCAAAUGAAGCCCCGAACAACGGAGGCAGUCUGUCCAGCAAUGCUGAGAUAACAGCAGAGCAACGAGCCCGAAUGGAAGCAAAUAGGUUGAAGGCAAUAGAAAAGAAAUCAAAUGAAGUCCCAAAUAAUGGAGCCAGUCUGUCCAGCAAUGCUGAGAUAACAGAAGAGCAGAGAGCCCGAAUGGAAGCAAAUAGGUUGAAGGCACUAGAAAGGCGCGCGGCUAGAGCCAGCUUAUCACAGGCUUCCUAGGUUUGAUAUUCAUUGUAAAUGAAAAUACUAUCAUUAUCUUUCCCUCACUACUGAUAUAGUUUACAUUGAAUCCUGUGAUUGGAUAAUUGACUUCUGAUUGACCGGAAGAUGAGUUUUUUCUA